AUGGCGGCGCGUGCACGGAGACCGGGGAUGAUAACUUCUUCUUUGGCGCCGGCGUUCCGGAGCGGCAGUGCCCGUUUAAACGGCUGUUCUUCGAGACCGUCGACGACAUGUAUGAGGAGGUUAAAGGGAAAGCGCAGGAUUAAGACCGCCGCGUAGAACGAGGCGGUGCGUAGAAUGUAGUGCGUACUACUGAGCUUGUUGGACCUAAAGAACUGUUGACUC